UAAAGUUCAACAAAUCAGCAACACAAUACUUGUAGUUGAACUCUGUUUUAUCCAUACAGGUGGGCGAGACAAUCGGAAUCUCUGAGGAGAUAAUGGGCCUGACUAUCCUGGCCGCUGGCACGUCCAUCCCUGACCUCAUCACCAGCGUGAUCGUGGCCCGGAAAGGACUUGGAGACAUGGCCGUGUCCAGCUCGGUGGGCAGCAAUAUCUUUGACAUCACUGUGGGUCUGCCGCUGCCGUGGCUGAUCUACUCGUUCAUCCACGGUUUGGUCCCCGUGGCCGUCAGCAGCAACGGGCUCUUUUGCGCCAUUGUCUUGCUCUUCCUCAUGCUGCUCUUUGUCAUCAUCUCCAUCGCGUCGUGCAAAUGGAAGAUGAACAAGACUCUGGGCUUCACCAUGUUCCUGCUCUACUUUAUCUUCCUGGUGCUCAGCGUCAUGUUGGAAGACCGCAUCAUCGUCUGUCCCGUCUCCGUCUGAAGGUUACGUUACACCAUGCGGUCUC